AGUCAACGGUUAUUGGUUUCUAGCUUUCCUCAAAAUGUUUUCUAUUGCGUUCAACAAAAACUAAGAACGCAUAAAGAAUGAGUACAUUGUGACCAAAAUUAAAUUUUUGGGUAAACUUUGCCUUUAAUAAAAGUUUAAUUCUGUAAAACCGAAAACAUUUCAACUGGCUAAAAAAGUAAUGGACACGCAUGCUUUUUUACAGCGUUGUUGUUUGGUAGAUAUCUCAGUUGUUUAUCUGUUUCUGGGUCCAUUCCUUGUACUGCUAAAAGUCUAGACACGGUCAUCUGGGAGAGAUUUGCUUAGUUAGACUUUGUUAUGUAAUAAAGUGGAUUCUUUCUUUUGGGCAGAAGUCCAUUCUCACAUCCUAACUCCCUUCCAAAUGUCUCCUCCAGAGGAAGCAAGAACGAAAAAAAGGAGAAGAAGUGUCCCGUUUUAGAGGACGAGAAGUCGAAAUUCCUUCCAUGUGUGGAGACACAACUCAGCUGGUAAUGAAACGUUCAUCAUUUUUCCUGUCACUCGGCCACCGCUGACUUCUACGGAACAACAUGUUCCCAGCGGGGACAAACUUCACAGUUCUAAUGAAUGUGUUUGUAAGAAAGUUGAAUCUCGGGCCAGAGAAUGAAAUGUUUAUGUAAGAGGAAGAAAGAGCUGUGUCAGUAAAACUCUCAAAGAAUGGAAGUGGGUGGGUAGAAAAAAAAAACAAUCUGCGUUAAGGACGAAACAGCUGAAAGAAUCUGUUUUAGACAAGGUGAAAGGAGGAGAAAAAGUGUCCCGACAGCUGCAGAGAGGGAGGGAGGAGGCUAAAACAAAACAGAGCUGUACAGAGGUGAACCCAAGAGAAGAGGGAAAGCAAUGUGAAAGGAGGAGAGACGGCUGCUGUUGAGUCAGAGUCAUUAUCUCGAUACUAAUAGAGAGAGCGCUGGCUGGAAAGACGAAAGGGAUUUAUGAAGUAAAGUGAUUUGAAGUGGAGAUGACUCUAACAAAGAUUCUGGCUGCUGUUUUGGGCUUCUGCGCUCUUUCCUCCUGCGACUCUGCAGACAACACCACUAGACCACCGGCCACCAUCAUCACAACAGCUGAUCUCUCUCAGGCAAGAGAAUUCAAUGAGGGGAUUGUCAGAGGACGAGGGGACACUCCGGACAUCUUAGAACCUGAACCCACCACUGCUGUCUCGGACAUGGAGAGCACAUACAACUACAUCUUGUCUAGACUAGCAGCGAUGGAUCAGGCCAUCCACAGGCUUAACGUGGGACAAUACACUUUAGACAUUAAAGUGACACAGCUGCUGGAAAAAGUGUCGCGCCUAGACAAUAGACUGGGUGAUACUGAGGACGCCAUUCAGCAAGUCUCGUCCUACUGCAAGGACAAUCGCAAGGAGAUUGGACGCCUAGAGGGCUGCCAGAAAGGCCGUAAAAUAGGUUACAAAUGCGUUCUGGCAUACCGCGUGUACGAGACCUACGCAGAUGCGUCCAAGAAAUGUCAGGAGCGUGGAGGACGCAUGGCCAUGCCACGAGACCGCAAAGAGCAGGAAGCUCUGGCUGAAUAUGUGAAAUCUGUAUUCCAUGGAAACUGGCCUGUGUGGCUUGGGAUAAACGAUGAGCGCUCUGAAGGCCUCUACCUGUUCGAGGACACGACACGCGUCACUUACUUCCAAUGGAGGAAGCACUUCCUAUCAAGCCAGCCAGAUGGCGGGAAACGAGAGAACUGUGUAGCCAUGUCCUCAGAUGAUGGAGACUGGUGGGACACUUACUGUGAAAGACGCAUGUAUUAUCUGUGUGAGUUUGAUGUCUGAUAAAGUCCCACGUGGCACAUCUGACUUAAAAUUUUGAUUUACUUUCAGCUAUAAAGACCAGCUAUUUACUGCCUCCCCA